UCUCCGUAUUCCCAAGCCAGCGCUGUCCUCUCCCAGUCCCAUCCACUUCACUCUCUCACUUCCAUGGCCUCUCGUCUUCCCCCUUUCAUUUUCACUAUUCAAUACGACAGUCCAAAUUCCAAAAUUACAAUUCCUCCUUUCUUUCCUCUCAACAGGAAAUAAAGAUUCUCUGUGAUUGACAGCCCCUUCUUGGUUUACUCCGUUUUCUCUCGCCUGUGAGUGUCACUAGAACAUGGCACCGGGGCGACCACGACGCCUAUUUCUUCGCAAUCAUUUGGAAUUUCUUGUCUGAUUUCUUCAGACAAUGGACGGCCUGAGAGCUCGGAUGUGUUAGUUUUUUUGGUUUCAUUGGUUUUCGUUUCGAUUUUGAAUUUGGGUUGUUCGUAUGGGCGAUUUUGGUCGUUAUGAUAUCUUCUGGGGUUAACUUGGUGAUGACUGUGAUUGGAUUUGCGAUGAGCACUAUGUUCAUCGUUUUCGUUUGCACUAGACUUAUAUGUGCUCGAAUUCACUUGAAUGCUUCUCGCCGAUCCCUCCUUAUUGCUUCCAGAUCCGAUCUGAGUCUGCUGGAGCGGGGAUUUCAUGGUCUUGAACCCACAUCAGUAGAGAACUUCCCAACGAAGAAGUACAGUGAUGGAUGCUUUGCUGCUGCAGAAAAUUCUCAAUGUACAGUUUGUCUCUCUGAAUACCAAGGUCAGGAUGUACUGCGCAUCCUCCCAUAUUGUGGACACUUCUUCCAUGCAACCUGCAUAGACCUAUGGCUGCAGCAGCAUUCGACAUGCCCUGUAUGUCGAAUCUCUUUACGCAAAUCAUCGGAGAGAAAGCGCGUAAUGCAGCCAUUAUUUAGUGCCGUUGUUCAAUCUAAUUUUGGCGUGGAAUCUAUUCCCACUCAUCCUUUUCACUGUAUGAUGGCUAAUGAUAAUGAGUUAUCAUCAAGAAACCUGGACAUGCAUGGUGUGAACCCUGUACAAGAGGAUCCCUGUACAAGAGGAUCAUUUUGCACCUGA